CCUCGGCUUCCUCAACAUGGCAGCACCCUUGUCAGUGGAGGUGGAGUUCGGAGGUGGCGCGGAGCUCCUGUUUGAUGGUGUGAAGAAGCAUCAGGUCACCUUGCCUGGACAGGAGGAGCCCUGGGACAUCCGGAACCUCCUUGUCUGGAUCAAGAAGAAUUUGCUAAAAGAGCGGCCAGAGCUGUUCAUCCAGGGAGACAGCGUGCGGCCGGGGAUUCUGGUGCUGAUCAACGAGGCCGACUGGGAGCUGCUGGGUGAGCUGGACUACCAGCUUCAGGACCAGGACAGCGUCCUCUUCAUCUCCACGCUGCACGGUGGCUGAGGACCCCUCUCUGUGCCUGGACCCCUUUGGGGUGGGGAGAAGAGAACGAUCAGACACCCCCCUGGGCCCUGCGUCCAGAUCUCCCUGUCCCCCUCGGCUGCUCUCUUCCCUGCUCUGUUCCCUGAGCUCCCUCCAGGCAGGGAAAGGAGGCCAGGUGCUAAAAUGAGCCUCUUGCAGGCACGUGAGCAGGGGAGGCAGGCGGGCAGGCACCAGAGCCCAACACCCUCUCCUGGCAGCUGGGGUGGGGGAGGGUUCCGCUCUGGUUUGUCCAGAGUAGAGGGGGGCUCAGGGGCCAGGUGACCCAGCUGCCUUCCACUCCUGUGUCUCAGUUUGAACAUUGAAUGACCGCUGAUGAGGUGCUCGGG